CAUCAAGACUUUCAUGACUACCUGCUGACCCUGUGAAAGGUCACUUGUACAAACUGUCUGUGUUGUCAUUAGUCCAGUAAUCGAGGAUAUAUAGGAAAACAUUGACACUUUCCCUGGACGUAUAGCUGGUUUUGGGGGUAAAGGACGACUUCCGCCGACCACAGGGACGUAUGUGAUACCCUGGUGUCUGUGGGCUGUAUGACGUGGUGUACAUACAGAUCUGCAGUAGUGUAGGAUGUACACACUGCUUAGCUUAACACUGUGUCAUGUGUAGCAAACCUCCAUGAUUUUACUCAUAGCCACUCCUGAAAAUCAUUCAUUGAUUUUUGAGGACAAUGUGCGAUCCAGGCAAAUACUGAUGUAGGUUUUCGGGCUGUUUUUGACUGUUCCAAUACUAUGUGUCUGAGAGAAUUUCUCUAAUGUUGACGAAGGUUUUAUCCUCUCAAGCAUGUCACAAGUGUAACCCUUCUUAGAAAGAAUUUCGGCUGAAUUCUGUAGUUGGAUCUCUGUGUGUACGGACACCUGGCUCUGUAUAAUACAUUCAGUCAACCAUUCUCUGUACUUAUGACGUGACGUGGAUCGUUUCCUCACCAGGCACACCCCAAAAAUUAUUUAAUUGUUUUUGUUGAAUGAUUUCCAAAUGAUUAUAAGUGUUUGUGCACUACAACAUUGUGUGAUCGCUUUACACUAAACAAUUCUUGGAGAUUCUAUGAUAAAUCACAGUGAAUCCUACUUGGGAUGUAACCGGAUGUUGACUUCUUAGGUUUGUGAAUGAUUGCCUGAAAAACAGUGAAAUAUAGAUACCUUGGUCUCAGUAUAAUAGGUCUUCAGUGUGAAUUGUUUACGGCCUAGUGGGAUAUAUGCACACCUUCGAUACGGAUUACAUGUGUACUAUUUAACAAAGGAUUUAUGUGUACAGCAGGAUGAGAGGUAUCGCAGCUCGAGCUCGGGCGAUCUUGUCAAAAACUGGAAGUGAUGGCCUUGGAAGAUCUCUUAGUCCAUCUCCGCCAGAGAAUCGGGCAAACAGGUCUUCAUCCCGGCUAUCCUCAUACAUCCGACCUCCCAGCAAACAAAUCAUCCCUGCAGAUUCCAUCCUGAUCAACAAAACUCUUGGAGAAGGAGAGUUUGGUGUUGUACAGCAAGGAGUCUGGACAACAGAGACUGGAGAAAAAGUUCAGGUAGCCAUCAAGUGUCUGAGUAAAGAGAGGCUACAGAAUGGAACAACAGAGUUCCUCAAGGAGGCCGGUAUUAUGCAGACUAUUGACCAUGAGAACAUUGUCCGUAUGUUUGGAGUUGUCCUCGACAAGGAAAAUACCAUGAUGCUGGUGACGGAGUUAGCUCCCAUGCGGUCGUUACUAGAGUGUCUAAAGGAACAGGCCCUGCGUCUGGACUUUCCCUUGCCUCGCCUUUGUGACUUUGCCCAGCAGAUAUGUGAUGGCAUGACCUAUUUGGAAAAUAAGCGACUUAUCCACAGAGAUUUAGCCGUCCGAAAUAUCCUGGUGUUUAGUAAGAAUAAGGUCAAAAUCAGUGACUUUGGUUUGUCGCGGGCACUAGGUGUGGGUAAAGACUAUUACCAAAGUAAUUUCAGCAUCAACCUUAAACUACCUAUAGCAUGGUGUGCUCCUGAGUGUAUUAACUAUCUCAAGUUCACAUCAGCUAGUGAUGUUUGGGCAUUUGGUGUCACAAUGUGGGAACUCUUCAGCUACGGUCUCCAGCCCUGGGCUAGUAUGACUGGCCAACAGAUCCUGGAAGCCAUUGACACACCGAAUGGUCAAAGACUUGACCGACCUGACCUCUGUCCAAAGGAAUACUAUGACCUUAUGUGUAAAUGUUGGGACCACGAUACCGCCAAGCGGCCGACGUUCGGUGAUAUUUUUACACAAUUACCAUUUAUGAGACCAGUCCAGAUGAAGGCCUUGAAAGAUUUCCCAGAAGUCACUGUGCCAAGGGAUUUCCUGUACUACAAAGCUUCAGAUAUAAUAUAUGUUAUUGAUAAAAGCCCAGCAAAUGCACCUUCAUUUGGCCUGUGUCGUGGAGUCUUAAAUAAUGGUAAAGCCGGCUUCUUUGACCCAGUCAACUGUACGCCGAUAGCGGAGACCAAACCGGACAGUCCCAUUACUUCAUUGCCUAAGCCAUCCAUCUCCAGAAAAGAAUCAAAGCGGAGUUCAAGUCGGAAAUUACGGGCAGAGAUGAUCAGUGGUCCGAAGAAUGACCUACGUCACACGGGUCAUAUAGGUUAUGAUGGGGCGGUGUUUGGGGACGUGUCGUUUAUCGGCGACAACUACGACAAACUACCGGUGAAUGUCGGUAGUGGUAGUGCAGGUGCAAAUUCUCCUGUUAUAGGUGACAGGCUUUCGUCGCUCAGCCUUCACCGACAAAGCCCUGACGGUGAACAUUCAGGCCUGUCGAUCAAUGGUGGGACUAACGGCGUUGGUACCAAUGGCCUUGGACAUUCCUGGAUAAGCCAGGAAUCCAUUGAUAGUACCUUCAAGGAUGAGAUGGAUGGAGAUCGGACACCUCAUUACCAGGAUAUAGAGGAUGAUUCUCUCUUUGCUGACUUCAAGAUGCCUGAUAUUGGGUCUUCCUUUGAUUUUGGUGGUUCAUUUAUGGACGAAGUGUUGAAGGCGUUGAAUGAGAAAGAAGCCAAAUUGGAGGCAUCAUCGCCUUCAGACUCUACUGCAACGCCUGAUUCACAAUUCCGUAACAGUUUUAAUGACCGUAGUGGGUCAGUCUCCCCACCGUCAGUGAAGGAGUAUAGACACAGCACCCCACCCCCACUGCCUGCACAACCUCCUAGAUCUGAGAUUAAAAAGGAACCCCCUAAACCUGAACCAAGGAAACAGGCAAAGGUCAAACCUAUGUCUGCUUCUGAGGAGAAAAUGAUGGACGAUGCAAUUGCUCUGGCUAAUGAGUGUGCAGUUGUGUCAUCCCAUAACCAGACAUCGGAGACACCCACCUCACCCACAGGACCAGAGAGGAUGCGCUCUGACUCUGAGAGUGGGUCAGAGUCUCCCAAACUCAUCUCCAAAUUAAAGAACUCGUUUAAGAGAAGCCCCAAAAAUGAGCGUAAACGAACUUUUUCAGAAGAGAUUGCUCACAAAGGGGAGAUAACUGAGGAUGUUCCUCCAGAGGCUCAGGAAGCGUACAACCUUCUUGUGGUACGUGGGUCUGUUAAAGAGGACCAGAAGAAGGAGCGACCUAAAUACCCUGCCCCUGUACCUGAGGCUAGACCAUCAUGGGAGUCAAGAUCGGAGUCUAAACCGUCUUGGGAACCAUCAAAACCAGUCGAAACUAAACACUCCUGGGAACCAUCAAAACCAGUCGAAACUAAACACUCCUGGGAACCAUCAAAACCAGUCGAAACUAAACACUCCUGGGAAUCAUCAAGAACAGAAUCUAAAUCAUCUUGGGAAACAUCUCGAAAUACGUCAGAUUCUAGACCAUCGUGGGAGACCUCAAAGACAUCUGUCGACUCCAGACCAUCUUGGGAGACUUCAAAGACCUCUGUUGACUCCAGACCAUCAUGGGAGACUUCAAAGACCUCUGUCGACUCCAGACCUUCGUGGGAACCAAAGAGGACUGUGACAAAUAGCUUAAGAAGUAAUGUGCCGCUAGCCAGCACAGAGGAAGUGGAAUUAUUUGUUGACCUUGAACCAAUAGAAAAAGUUGAGCCUUCUCCUCCUCGUCCUGUUCCUAAACCCCGAGUGGAAAUUCCUAAAAAAUAUGAACCACCCGUCCCAUCGCCAAAACAGAGGCCUGAAAUUCACCGUGUGGAACCUGUGCCUCGUCCUCAGCAGCCUCCACCGCGGAUUCCAGUAACAUCUGCUGUGGCCGACCUACAGUGGGACCUUAACGAAAGUUUUGGGUCAAGUCACAGUGUAGCAUCAAACCAGAGUUUUGGUAAAGACAGUUCUCGCAGUGGUGGUUCCGAUAUUCUCCGGAUUCAAGAAGAUCGGGACGAGGUGUCUGAGAGGACAUCAGUUCGUAGUUCAGACUAUAGUGACUCUGAUGAUCCAAAGCGACACAGUGAAGUGUUGCGGAUCGACCUACCCGACUCGACAGAGUAUAGCACAGACUCCUCAAGUACAAAAGAACUUCACAUUGAUGAGGCACCGCGAAGGGACUCUAGUUCUAAAUCUAGUAGCUUGUUUGAUGAGGAGUUCAGUGAACCUUCCCCUAGGGAAAUAAUGAACAAGCUGGCCAGGGAGAGCCGAAUUCGGCGCUCGCUGGACCACCAACGUGGUGUUGUGGGAGACAUGGGCGAACCUGCCCCUAAUAGGAAUUUACGUGAGCCUCAAGGGAUCCCUGGUAAGAGCAUGCCCACCAGUAACGGUGAUGAUGAGGAAGUGGAUACAAAUCCAUUGCGGAUGUUACGUGGUGGAGCUAUUCCAAUUCGUGGAGGCCGGGCGGGACAAGACAGAGAGGUAAGGGAGAAGAAUUGCGAGGAAAUAGACACCAUGCAGAAAGUGUUUGGUAACGAGGUGACUGUCCAGGACUGUAUGGCUGCCUUGGAGGAGACAAAGUGGGAUGUCCAGCGUGCCAUCAAGUAUGUCAAACUUAAACAGCUACUCAGUGCACAGCUUGGUGACGUCCACUUGUGUAAGGAAGCACUGAUGACCUGUGACUGGGACGUCCAGCGUGCGGCAAACUUCAUGUUGUCCAGUCCACUCCCAAGUCCCGAGUGUGUGGACGUCUGAUGCUGGUUAUACAGGACUUCUGCCAUUAUAUACCAGUAAAGAGGACAACUGUCAGGAACAACAAGAGAUUUUUAUACAGUGUAAUAUCUACACUGUCUCGUUGCUGACAGUUCUUAUGGAAUAUCACAAAAAAAGCAUAGAAAAUUUUAACAAGGGGAGUAACUCUUGAAUGUACUUAAUUUGUGCCCUUGCAAUCCAGAAGAGAAACCAGUGACAGCAAAUUGAGCUUUAAUUUGGACAUGCAAGGGACAUAACUCUUAAGUGUGAUCCAGAAACCUUGACUCUAUAUGAGAUUUUGAUUGUGUUCUAUUGCAAAGUGUUACAUUUAAUCACAUAAAAAAUUCAUUGCAAUUUUCAUUGAAAUAUAAAAUGAGAGAAUUGUCUUUUCUAUAUAAACUCAGUGACCAAAUGAAUUCUCAGUCACAUUUGUGGAUGUGAAGAAUUCUAUUGUGCAGAUAAUCUGUGCCAGCAUGUUGACUUUUCACUUCAAUUGCUCAUGGGUAAGUUCAUCUUCAAAAACUACAUUGGUAUGUCUAUGCAGGAGAAUGCAUACCCUGUUGGUGUUAAGCCUGGAGGAAAUAUGUAAUAUUCACCUGUAACUUAUUUAGGGGUGAAAGGUCAGUGUGCUAGUCUUGUCCGACGAUGCUAUUGGAGCCUUGAUUUUCUACGUGUAAUCUUUACAGUUGGCGACAUGGGAUCCAGAACUGCGGAGGUUAAAAAAUGUUUUAAGCUGCGUUGGAAGGAGUGACCAUGAUGCAAUGUGAAAUAUUUCCUUUCUUUCCCGGAGAUGAAUUUUCUUGUGUUUAAAUCUCUCAACCAUUGUGAAUUUUGUUGGUGUGAUGACCAAAUUUGACUUUAGUUUGUUGAAUUAAUCAGUAUUCAGAUACUAAGUGUAAAGUCACCUUUAAUACAACGCUCAAUACUUCAUUGUAAUGUGUAUAUUUUUAAAGGAGUAUGGUAAUUUGUUAACAGUUGUGAAUAGAUCUGAGUGAAAGGAUUUGCUGGGAAUGUCCAGAAAUAACUAAUGGUCCUGCUGUCCAUUUAUGUAUACAUACUUAAUUUCUGCGAGAUUGAAGAAAAAAACAAGUUAUGUAUUCCUUGUUUAUGCGAGAUUGGAGAAAAAAACAAGUUAUGUAUUCCUUGUUUAAAUGUUCAUAGAGUAUUUAAACUGGCAGUCGAUUCAUGUCACUCGUUAAUGCAUGAAGAUAUAUACAUUACUGGUUUAUACAGAGUAAUUUCAUUUUGGGGUAUAGAAGAUCUAUCAGAAGCCACCUUUUAGCUUACAGUUAUGUUGCUUUCAUUUGUUUGAAGGUUAAAAGUCUAGUGCUAGUGAUCUGGUUUGUACAGUAUAGAUAUACCUGCUUUAGUUUUAUGUUACUGGUUUGAUUAUUGAUAACUUAAUUAUCAUUUAGAUGCAUAAAAAUGUACCACUGCACACCAAUACAAUCAUAUUGGCAAAUCCCAUCAAAGUCUCAAGUUUUAAACAAUUUUAAAAUAAUUAUUUUUUUAUUUUUCAUUAUGGUAAAGAUAAUGGUAUUACUUUAGUUUAGUUUAAAAAACGAAAAUUACAAUUAAGGCAGUAAGCACUACUUGUUGUAUGUGCUAGGACAGGGAUUCAACCAAAGUCCAAGAUUUUUUAUUUAAAAGCAUUACCGAAGUUUUGUUUUAUCAAUAAUGCUUUCUGAUAUAUAAAACUUUAAUUUUUGUUAAGCCUUGUUUUUGUAUCAAUGAGUUUAUAGUAAUACAAGGAUAACUUGGUUUUAAGCUCAUUCUUCAUGUACUGUGAAAAUAUUAAGAUUUUUUCUCCAUGCUAACUGGAGUAACAGUAGCUUGUUAGGCAAAUAUUUUACCAGGUACUAUAUGAAAGAAAAUAUCGUCAAAAAAUUGUAAAAUAAGGGAACAAGUUUUAGUUGAGAGUUGAUUAAAAUGACAAAAAAUAUGUAACCCAAGAAAUAAAUUGUUUUCUUGUGUGACAAAAACCACCUAGAUUGUGACAUACACAAGUAUAUAUAUAUAUAUAUAUAUAUAAACAUUAUAUAAAAGAGAAUUUGAGAUGUGUUUAAGUAUGAUCCCUACGGACAAAGUAAUACAUAAAGAAAAACUUGACAACACAUCGUUAGCACUUUCCUCACAUCUUGAGAGAUGGGACAAAAGGGAUAAAUACAUGUUGUCUAGUUUUUCUUUUUCUUUAUAUAUACAUUAUAUAUAUACAUGUACAUGUAAUAGUACCCUUCUGGCUUGGCAGGUCAUGUGUCGGAUACAAAAAAAAAAGAAAUAAAUAGAUAAAAGUUUUGUUUAAAAAAGAAAUUUGAUAGAAGUCAUGUAAUCGUAUAAGGAUACUUAAUAGUAUAAUUAUCUGGUACUUAUGGAUGUAAAAUAUACAGUAGUACAAAAUAUUACUAUUGACUUAUGAAAGCACAAAUAUCUUGUUUUCUUUUGCAGAAAUUAUAUUUAUUUAUAUAAAAGCAUAAUACCAUUUAUAAUAUGUGUACUGAAUGUAUAUUUUGUUGUUAAUUUCAAUAUAUAUCAUACACCAUGCAAUGUAUAUGAAACAGGAAUACAAAUUUAAGAGAGAAAAAAAUCUUUAGUGUAAAAGUUUAGAUACAAGUCGUGUAGUUAAGCUCUAGAGCUGUACAUUAAUGUCAACUGCAGCUUUUAAGUUCAAUGCCGAGACUUUUUGUUUAUUACAAAUUUCGCUUUUUUCGAUGUAAUAAAUCUAGGAAGUUCACGCUUAGUACUUACGAUCCCGAAGUCUUCCUUACUCUACAGAAUAUAAGAGUUAUUUGUAAUGGGGGAAAUCAAUGAAACAGCCAUAAUGCAAACUAAUAAACUGUUGUGAUUUCCAUGGUAUCCUGUUAAAGUGCUUUAUUGAGAACCAGGUGUUUUCCUGAUUUGAAAAUUCUCAUUUACUUUACUUAACCUAUAAAAUAGUAAUCACAACCUCAUAUUCAGUGCAAUAUCAAAUGAUUAAAUGUUAUGAUCAUUAUUAUAAUUAAUAUAAAUCAACACAAAAAAUAUAUAUAACAUUAUGGUAUACAGUAGUAUAAGUAUAUAUUUAAGCAGAGUACUCAAACAAGGUUGACAUAUUUUUUUCUCGCUUUGGGAAAUAGAUGUGGCAGUGUUGUUUGUGAGUGGCUUUAUUUUGUUUAUUUGACAGUGAUCACGCCGUGCAUUAUAAAUGACAAGGAUCUUUUAGAAUAUGCAAGCUGAUGUUGUGCCAUACUAUUUAAGACUAGGCGGUGGCUAAGUAAGCCGACUGCCCUUCACAUAUGCCAAUUCUGUCAUCCUAUGCGUUUUAUAUAUUAUGUGUUAGGUAGCAUUUACUUUCUCAUACAAAAACUUCUCUUCCAUUAAAAUGUUUCAGUUUAUGUUA